GAACUCCUCGCUGAAGCACUCAGUGAUCACGACACCAGGUGUCCCCAUUCCAGGGCGAGUGUGCAGCCUCAAGCCCAUACCACCGAACAUGUGUUCCGGUGGCGAUGGUUCUACCAAAGCUGUGGAAAGGUUCUGAAGCUUGCCUACUCUCAGAGUGACACCUUCGAGGCCUUCACUAAGUGGUGUGCAGUGGAAACACACGCCGAGAACCUACUCAUCCUUUGGAAG